AUGGCCACCCGCCGCAUCGUCAACUCCGAAAGGACAAUCCUCGAAAAAGAUGACACGGAGGAAAAGUCCAACAUCAGCCCCGCUGUCCCAAAAGACGUCAUCUACAAGCUCCUCGGCUUCUCCGCCGCCAUGAUCAUUAUCCCCAUUGGAUCAUAUUUUGCGACCGUCCAUACAGUCUUUAACGGGAACUCGUCGCUCGCUGGUGGUAUGGCUGCUGUGCUGGCCAACGUUGUGCUUAUUUCAUACAUAGUGGUAGCCAUGAAGGAAGAUCAAACAGAUCUAAGAGAGGGCACAAAACCGGAGAGCAAAAAGACACAGUAA